GUGCCCGGUCUUCUUCCAUUGCACCCCCCCGGCGUGUGUGGGUCCGAGGUGGACAUGGAGCCUCAGAGGUCCCCCUUGUUGGAUGUGAAGGGGAAUAUAGAGUUGAAGAAACCUCUGCUCAGGGCUUCUUCCCGACUUCCUCUCCCAGGAAGCAGGCUCAAGAGGGGGCCUGACCAGAUGGAGAAUGUCUUAGAGCCUGCAAAGAAACGGACACGAGGCCUGGGUGCAGCGACCAAAACUGACACAUUCCGCUCCAGAGCACUGGCACCACCCCUCUCCACAGUGCCACAGACACAAGGCCAGACUGCAGCUCAAAAAGUUCCCAGGAAGACAGGACCUCGUUGUUCUACAGCUAUUGCUACAGUGUUGAGGAACCAGAAGCCAGUUCCUGCUAUUCCUUCCCAGAAGCCUGGCACAUCAGCUGCUCCUCCCGUGGUGGGAGGGAAGAAACCUGGCAAACGGCCUGCUUGGGACUUAAAGGGUCAGUUAUGUGACCUAAAUGCAGAGCUGAAACGCUAUCGUGAGAAGAUUCAAACAUUGGACCAGGAGAACCAGCAGCUGCGGGACCAGCUCAAAGAGGCCCAACAACAGGCUAAGACCCUGGGAAUGGAGCGCAGCACCUUGGAAGGGGAGUUGGCUAGGGUACAGGCCCAGGCUGAGCAGGGCCAACAAGAGCUGGGAAGUCUGAGCACUCGUGUCCUGGAACUGGAAGAGCGGCUGGGCACUCAGGAGGGAUUGGUGCAAGAGCUCCAGAAAGAACAGCUAGAAUUGCAAGAGGAGCGGAGGGCACUGGCCACCCGGCUGAAGGAGCAGGAGAGGAGGCUGCAGGCAUCAGAAACAGCUCUGUCAAGCAGCCAAGCAGAGGUGGCAUCUCUGCAGCAGGAGACUGCAGCCCAGGCGACCUUACUGGUUGAACGAGGAGACAGACUCCAUGGGCUAGAGAUGGAGAGAAGACGACUUCACAACCAGCUGCAGGAACUCAAGGGCAACAUCAGGGUAUUCUGCCGAGUCCGCCCUGUCCUUGCAGGGGAGCCCCCUCCAUCCUCUGGCUUUCUUGUGUUUCCCCCUGGCCCUGCUGGGCUCUCUGAUCCUCCAACUCGCCUUACUCUCUCUCGGUCUGAUGAUCGGCGUGGGACCCUGAGUGGGGCACCUGCCCCCACUACCCGCCAUGAUUUCUCCUUUGACCGUGUGUUUCCACCAGGAAGUAGGCAGGAUGAAGUAUUUGAAGAGAUCUCCAUGCUUGUCCAGUCAGCCCUGGAUGGCUAUCCAGUGUGCAUCUUUGCCUAUGGCCAGACAGGCAGUGGCAAGACCUUCACAAUGGAGGGUGGGCCUGGGGGAGACCCCCAGUUGGAGGGUCUGAUCCCUCGGGCCUUGCGGCACCUUUUCUCCGUGGCCCAGGAGCUAAGUGGCCAGGGCUGGACCUACAGUUUUGUGGCAAGCUAUGUAGAGAUCUACAAUGAGACUGUCCGAGACCUGCUGGCCACUGGGACUCGGAAGGGACAAGGGGGCGAGUGUGAGAUUCGCCGGGCAGGACCAGGAAGUGAGGAGCUUACUGUCACCAAUGCCCGAUAUGUUCCUGUCUCCUGUGAGAAAGAGGUGGAGGCCCUGCUCCAUUUGGCCCACCAGAAUAGGGCUGUGGCUCGUACUGCACAGAAUGAACGAUCAUCACGCAGCCACAGUGUGUUCCAGCUGCAGAUCUCUGGGGAGCAUGCUGCUCGAGGAUUGCAGUGUGGAGCUCCCCUCAACCUUGUGGACCUAGCUGGGAGCGAGCGGCUAGACUCCGGCUUAGCUCUUGGCCCUGGGGAGCGAGAUCGCCUUCGAGAAACACAGGCCAUUAACAGCAGCCUGUCCACCCUGGGACUGGUCAUUAUGGCCCUGAGCAAUAAGGAGUCUCAUGUACCUUACCGGAACAGCAAACUCACCUACCUGCUACAGAACUCGCUGGGUGGCAGUGCUAAGAUGCUCAUGUUUGUGAACAUUUCCCCCCUGGAAGAGAACGUCUCUGAGUCCCUCAACUCUCUACGCUUUGCCUCCAAGGUGAACCAGUGUGUCAUUGGUACGGCCCAGGCCAACAAGAAAUGAAGAUGGAUCCAGAUUUUGUGUGUGUGUGUGUGUGUGUGUGUGUG